UCGGAGCCGGAGCCGGCGGUGCGGUGCGGGCGCGAUGCGGGCGACGCUGCUGCUCCUGCUGGCGCUGCUGGCACUGGCGUCGGGCUCUCGUCCCGGGGGCGACCGCUGCCCGGCGCGCUGCGACGUCUCCCGCUGCCCGAGCCCUAUCUGCCCCAGCGGCUACGUGCCCGACGGCUGCAAUUGCUGCCUGGUGUGCGCGGCGGGCGAGGGCGAGGCGUGCGGGUGGGCGGAUGACCCUCCUUGCGGAGAGGGGCUCCAGUGCCGCUCCUUCGAGCCCGAGCACGGCCGGGGGGCCUGCCAGUGCAAGCAGGGCGCCGCCGUCUGCGGCUCCGACGGCAGGACCUACGCCAACGCCUGCCGCCUCCAGUCCGCCGCCCGGCAAGCCCUGCAGCAGGGGAGGACGCCCGUGCGCCACGUCCAGAAGGGCGCCUGCAGAGCCGGUCAUCAGCAACUGAACAGCCCACGGUUUAGGUUUAACUUCAUUGCAGAUGUGGUGGAGAAGAUAGCACCAGCAGUUGUCCAUAUUGAACUUUUCCUGCGGCACCCUCUGUUUGGUCACAAUGUUCCUCUUUCCAGUGGAUCUGGGUUUAUUAUGUCAGAUACAGGUUUAAUUGUGACCAAUGCCCAUGUUGUGUCUAGCAGUAGUACGGUGACUGGGCGGCAACAGUUAAAAGUGCAAUUACAAGAUGGAGAUACUUACGAAGCAAAAAUCAAAGACAUUGAUAAGAAGUCUGACAUCGCAACAAUAAAGAUCAAUCCACGGAAAAAGCUGCCUGCCCUGUCAAUCGGGCAGUCUGGUGAUCUGAGGCCUGGGGAAUUUGUGGUGGCAAUGGGGAGCCCUUUUGCCUUACAAAAUACUGUGACAACAGGCAUUGUCAGUACAGCUCAACGAGACGGGAAAGAGCUGGGCUUGAAGGAUUCCGAUAUGGAUUACAUUCAGACAGAUGCUAUUAUCAAUUAUGGGAACUCAGGAGGACCUCUGGUGAACUUGGACGGCGAAGUGAUUGGCAUCAAUACUUUAAAAGUUACUGCUGGGAUUUCCUUUGCGAUUCCUUCUGACCGUAUUGCCCAGUUCCUCUCGGAGAAUUAUGACAAAAAAGAUGGGAAGAAAAGAUUUAUUGGCAUAAGGAUGCUGACCAUCACACCUGUGCUAGUGGAAGAACUUAAGGUUAAUAAUCCAGAUUUUCCAGAUGUCAUUAGUGGAAUUUAUGUCCAUGAAGUUGUUCCAAAUUCACCAUCACAAAGAGGUGGAAUUGAACAUGGUGAUAUCAUUGUGAAGGUGAAUGGACGUCCACUGAAGACUUCUGCUGACCUGCAAGACGCAGUGAUGAAUGAAUCACCUCUACUACUUGAAGUUAGAAGAGGAAAUGAUGAUUUAUUAUUUAACAUAGAACCUGAAGUAGUUAUGUAAACCAAACUGAGGAAUAUCAUCAUGACACAAUUCAAACUCAUUUUAUUCUAGAACUUCAGAUACCUCUUUUACAGUGACAGUAAUGCCAUGACUAUGGCAAGUUGAACAAAUACAAAUGGUUGAGCCAGUGCUUUGCCUAUAGUCAACAACAACCAGGCUCCAAUGACGCUACUUCAUAAUUCAAGCCAUUGCAGUUUUAUGAGAUUUUUGCCUAUUUUAUUUCAUAUAGUUUUAUGACAGUUGUGUAUGAACGAAUCUCAAAUUCAUCAUCAUUCUUAGGGUUUAAGCAAAAUAUUUAUGCUUAAUUAGAGUUAGACACUUAGCAGCUCAAUAUGGUUUCUGUCUACAAAAUACACUUUUGGAUUUAGUCCUUCCACUCUAGCCUUGACUUUUAUGGGGUUUACACAGCUAGACUCUUGGCUUUUAUAUAGUUGAUGAAUUGCAGCAUUAAUCUGAUCUUAUCUAAAGCUGAACUCCUGGCAAUCUUGUUUAAAUGUGAAAUAAUGCAUUUGCUUUGCAAGGGCCUUAAGUUAAAUGAACAUAAAUUGAGAAAUUAUUAUUCUCAAAAGGAAAAAUAGUGAUUAAAUGCAAGGAAAGGAGAAUGGUGCUGGCAGCCUUAGCGCGGGAGAUAACACGAAUAAUUCAUCCUUUUGCCUGCAUUAUUUGUAUGCUUGGGCCAAGCUUGCAUCUCUAGUCAUGGGAAUGCAAAAUACUUUAAGCAAGAGUAGUUUGCUCAAGGAAGAAAACACAACUCAAGCCUCAGGCCCCUUCUACAGUGCCAUAUAAAAUCCAGUUUAUCUGAUUUGAACUGGAUUAUAUGGCAGUGUUGACUCAUAUAAUCCAGUUCAAAGAAGAUAAUAUGGUUUGUCUGCUUUGAUAAUCUGGAUUAUAUGAUAGUGUAGAAGGGGCCUCCGAUGUUUACUAGGGAACAUAUAUUGUGUAAAGGAAAUCCUUUUCAUAUGAACCAUUUCAUUCUAAAACCAAUUUUGCGAUGUCCCUUUUCAAUCACCUGAAUUGGGGAAUAUAUCUCCAACAAUUAAUGGAAAGCCUAGAAAGUCUACACCGAAUAUUUCAAGCCUUGUGAAGAACAGGGAGUUUCUCUGCUUUUGUUAAUACAACCCCUGCAAACGACAAUCUGGGGGCUGGGCAUAAUUUAUCUGAGUGGGCAUCAAUGUUGCUGCUUUAUACUUUCUUUAGUAUUUAGAGUGCAGCUAAGUGUUUAAGUGAAAUUCAGGAUUUCUUCUUGUGUAUAUAUUUGUUUUUGUGUGCGCACACAAUAAAAGCCAUGUAGCUGCACACCUCAAUGGAAUAAAGUAAGAGAAGUGUGUGAAAAUUGACAGUUGUUAUGAGUUCCAUCAUGUCACCCUCCUCUUCUACAACUAAGUUGCUACUUCUAAUAUGCACUGUUCAUGUUCAUUGCUCUACCAAAGUCCUUGUCUUGUUUGGUACUUCUCAAAAAUCAUUUUAAAACAAGAUGAACAAGAACUUAGUGUGUGAGAAGACAAGGGAAACAUCGCUAAUAUGGAUAUGGUCAAGAGGGAGAUCAGCUGGAGAGAGAUCAAGAAGCUAUACUAGACAUUGAGACUGGAUCUACAUUGCCAUGUAAUCAAGACUAUCAAAGCAGAUAAUCCACAUGAUCUAUUUGAACUGGAUUAUAUCAGUCUACGCUGCCAUCGAAUCUAGCUCAAAGCAGAUAAUGUGGAUUUUAUAUGGCAGUGUAGAAGGAGCCUGAAACUUCAACCCCAUCCUUCUCACCAGAUGCCAUUUGAUGGUGACUUCUAUAUAUGAAACCUAAGCAUUUCCAAGCUAUUCUCUGCAACAGCAAGUGCUACAUUUUUUUAAAAAAAAUUACUUCAAUGCAAGCUAAGCUAUUGCUCUUUUACGCUAUAUGGUUAAUCUGGUUUUGGUCACAGGCUAAUUUGUGCCAAGCUUGUGCAGAAGAGGAAUGUAGUAAAUGAUUCUUAUAGAAUUAUUGCCUGAUGUAAACUCUAAACAAUGUGCAAAGCAAAGCUAAAACUUUGAGAAAGUGCACAAUUUUUCAGGGGUUUAAGUUUUAUCUUUUCAUUGUAUUGGAAAGCAUCAUUAUACAAAUUGUAUACUUAUGACAAGUACUGUAUGUUUCUACUGUACAAAGAUUAAAGUUUACAGAAAUAAA